GCUGCCUGACAUGCCCUGAGCUUUGUCCGCCAGAGCUAAGUUGAUCUAGCCUAGCUUACGACUUGGACAGUAGACUGAGUAGUGAGCAGGAACUCCUAAUAAAUAUGGAUGGAGCUACAUGUAAACAAGUUAGUGAUGAAACUACACCACUUGUAGUCGCACAACAAUUAAAGGGUUCUGAUGUACAAGAUGUCCGGGACAAGGUGAACCCAGGCGGUACCUUCAAAACCACCUUUGGAACCACACUAACAUGUAUUGGGUGCAUGGUAGGAACCGGUAAUAUUUGGCGAUUCCCAAGGAUCUUAGCAAAUAACAGCGGGGAUGAAGGUUGUUUGCAGUUCCUACUGGUAUGGUUAGUAUUCCUGUUCAUUUGGUCGAUCCCUAUUAUCCUGAUUGAGUAUGGUACCGGUCGAUACACCAAGAAGGGUCCUAUAUCUUCAUUCAAAGAGCUUGCAGGGCCAAAGAGUGCAUGGGCUGGGGGUUGGAUUGCAAUCAUCAACUUAGGAAUAAGUGGUUACUACUGUGUAAUACUUGGCUGGUGCAUUUAUUAUCUCUUCUUUUAUAUGAGUCAUGAUCUACCUGGAAACUAUAAUGAAAGUUACUCAACAUUUUACAGCUUUACAAAUGAAUCUGCCAUGCCAGUAUUGUUUCAUGCCAUAUCCAUCCUGUUAUCAGCACUGAUUGUUCUCUGGGGGGUCAAAAGCAUUGAGUUGGUCAGUUCCAUCAUUGUAUCCAUCUUCCUCCUCCUCAUCAUCAUUUGUUUCAUCUGGAGCUUGACUUUGCCUAAUGCUGAUGAUGGCAUUCGCUUUCUCUUCACACCUGAUUGGGUGCAGCUUAGAAACCCUAGGAUGUGGGUAGAUGCCAUAAGUCAAAAUGCAUUCGAUACAGGUGCAGCUGCUGGUCUAUUUGUUUCAUAUGCUGCCUAUAUGACUGCUGAAACUGGGAUAGUACGAUAUGGUAUUCUUGUCCCUAUUGGAAAUAAUAUUGUCAGUUUGAUAUGUGGUAUGCUGACAUAUGCAACUGUCUUUUCAACUCAAAGUUCUCUCAACAAAUCUGAAAUAGUGGAUUUACUUGGAGAAAAUGGCCCAGGUAACACAGGACUAACUUUUAUUUGGUUUCCAAUAUUUUUCAAUGAGAUUGGGAGAGGAGGUCGUUUUGUCUGUGUAAUCUUCUUCAUAUCCAUUGUAUUUGCUGGCCUAAGCUCUCUUACAGCUAAUGUUGAACUACUUGUCAAGGUCAUGGAAGAUUUUGGAUUAAACAGGAAACUCUCAACAUUGUUGAUUUCAUUGGUCAUCUUUUUACUUGGAAUUGGAUCUGCUCUAAGUCUUAAUUUCCUUAUCAAUCAGGACUUUGUUUGGGGUUUUGGUCUUCUUAUAGCAGGUUUGAUGUUCCUCUAUCUAGUGAUAAGAGUAGGACCUUCUAUAUUUCGUAGGAAGAUGUUUAAUGAGUACAGCGUCAACGAUUGGCAUCUUUAUGCUCCCUGGGAUUGGAUGGUCAUGUUUAUUGCACCUAUUGAGGCAGUGAUCUUGAUUAUAUGGUGGGCAUACGAUACUAUAUCUGACAAUAAAGAAGACUGGUAUCAAUUUCUUCCAGAGAGCUUCAUGGCAACUGUAGUUCAGUGGGUAGGUGCUCUCAUCAUCCUGAUUACCAUCAAUAUAUUAACCUUACGAUAUGGUUCCAAGUCAUCCAGUGAUACUCCAUCUACUCAUCUCUUCAUUAAAAGUAGACAAGACCCAAAAACCAUCAGCUACAACACACUGUCUAGCAAUGAUGAUGACAUACAUGAUGAAAAGAGCACUACCUCUGUAGCAUUCACUAAUGAUAAUGAUAUUGGAACAGUAGUACUAAUUUAAGGUAAGAAAGAAGUUAUGGGAUGUCACUACAUUUAUCAACAUGAUUGUUUGAAAUGAUUUUCAAUCUUCAUUUAGUGUAUUAGAUCUUUGAAUUUGCUGUGACCAUUAUUUCACCAAAGUUGGUGGCGGCAUGAUUUGUUUAUAUUGCAUUACAAGAGGAUGUCAUUUAUUUUUAAUAGUGCCUUAGCACAAGUGCAUUUAAUAGUAUGUUAGCCAUUAUCAUUUAUUUAUAAUUCUCUUUUGUUAUUCACAGAAUUACAUUAAUUUGUUUGUAUUGUAAUUGCAAGAGAAUUCAAUUAUACUAUUUGAGAUCAAUGUUAUUUGCUGAUUUGGUUUACGGUACACCAUGUGGAGUAUUGAGUGGAUAGAAGAAGAAAAAAUAAGUGGAUAGGCGAGAAAGUGGAAAUUUGAGAGUAGUCUUUCUUGA